GCGGCGGCGAUGGGCGGUGGGGCGCGGGAGCUGGCCGGGUACCUGGCGGCGCUGGGCGGGUGGGCGGCGGCGCUGGCGGCGGCCGUGCUGCCGCAGUGGAGGCAGAGCUCGUACGCCGGGGACGCCAUCAUCACGGCCGUGGGGCUUCACGAGGGGCUGUGGAUGAGCUGCGCCGCGCAGAGCACCGGGCAGGUCCAGUGCCGCCUCCGCGACUCGCUCCUCUCCCUCGACGCUUACAUACAGACCUCCCGGGCUCUCAUGGUGAUUUCCCUCCUCCUGGGCUUCUUUGGCAUCAUCGUGAGCGUGGUGGGCAUGAAAUGCACCAAAGUUGGGGACGAGGAUCCCGUUACCAAGAGCCGCAUUGCUGUUGCUGGAGGUGUCCUCUUCAUCCUCUCCGGUCUGUGCACGUUGGCUGCCGUGUCUUUGUAUGCAACACAGGUGACCUACGAGUUCUUCAAAACCAGCAAGGUCCCCAUCAACGCCAGGUACGAAUUCGGCUCGGCUCUCUUCAUCGGCUGGGGGGCCGCCAGCCUCAUGCUGCUGGGGGGCUCCCUCCUGUGCUGCUCCUGCCCUGCCAAGGACCGGCGAGGACAGCAGUACUACCGGCAGUCGCAGCCUUCGACGGCUCGGGAGUUUCAGCAUCGUUUGCAGCGCCAGUCUCUAAAAUAGGGGUUUUUUUGGGGUCAUGGCUCUGUAUCCGUCAUUGCCGGCCCCCCCCACCCCAGCCAGGCGGGUCGGCCUCCCUGGGGACCGUGGGUGGCUGGACCGCGUCCGUCUGUCACGCGGAUGCUGCAGAGCGACGGGGCGAUGCCGGUCCCAUGGGGGCAUGGUGCUGGUCCUGCGGGGGUGUGCCGCACAGAGGCGCUUUGUGCUGUGACCCCCCCACUCUGCCUCCUUUUUUUGGGAGCAAGCGGGGAGUGAAGCUGGCGCUUGGUUCUCCCAGGAUAAAGCUGCUGCCCACCCCCAUCAGACCCAGCCCAACCCCGGGCUCGAGCAUCCCUGUGUCCCGCUUUUGUGGGCAGAGGGAUGCUUUCAGGGUGCAAGUGUACCCCUGCCUCAUUGCUACCCAAAAGCAACAUUUUUUUAAUUAGUAUUAAUUCUUAAUUCGAGCCCGGUUGCUGGUGCUCCAGCUGAGCUUUGCCAGCUAAAAUCAGCCCUGGGCUUAUUUCUCACCAGGCACAAAUAUGUGGCCUUGUUAAGCAGAAGAACAAAUGGCGUUGUGCAAAUUAAAGCAGGCAAAAAGGGGGCUUUGAACACAAAGCAGUGGUUUGUUUUUAUUUUUGGUGCCCAGCACAGCUAUUUUGGGUAGCAGAUGGACAGACCCGUGAAUUUUGAUGCCUCCCCGCUGUGUCCAAAUCCCUCUUCCCCUGACAGGAUCCCCUGGAGCAGGCGGUGAAGUCUUCAGACGCGACAUGCUAAUUGCCUCCGCCUCCCUGUACCUCGUCUGGACCGUUACUAACUGCUCUGCAAACGCCGUAGCUCCAAUUUCAUCUGUAAAUCCCCCAAACCUCCCCGUACCUCCAUCCGUCCAUCCGUAUUGCAUGUGCUAUGCCAGCUAACCUGCGGGAAAAAAUAGUAGAAAUCAACCAAAAAGAGCUUGAUUAUAUAUUUUUUAUUAUUAUUUUAAUUUUUGUAAUCCCAAUUAGCUGAAGGAGCUGAUUUUUUUAAAUUUUAUUUUACUCCAUUUUAUUUUAUUUUGCUCUAUUUUAUUUUAUUUCCCUGUAUUUUAUUUAGCUUUCCUCCAUUAUUUUUUAUGCCCAUGUGCUGCUUUGGGUCCUGGUCCGUGCUGGAGGGGAAGCGAUGCUAUUUUUGCUUUGGGGGGGGGGUGUGUGAUUUUUCUCUCUCUCUCUCUGUCAUGUGGGACUAACAGCCCUCUUUCUCUUUUAAAUUGCAGACCCCCUGUAAAAAUGUCUUCUUCACCCAUCAGGGGAGAGCAGUGCUUAUAGUCUGUCUUCACCCAUCAGGUGCUUGGUUGGCUGAACCCAACUUACGGGGUUCCCUUCCAAAAAUACACACCAAAAGCUACUGCAGUGAGGAUUGAAAAGGAAACACGUGCUUUAAAAAAAAAAAAUCAAUCAAAAAGGCGUUUUUAUAUCAAGAGCACAGCAUUGUGUAGAAGAAUUUUUUUUAUUCUUUUAAUAUAAAAUUGCAUUAACUUUUCUAUGGGAUGCAUGGCUGUGGGAAUGGGACCAGCUGGGAUUUUUAAAUGCAUUUUUUUGCUGAUUGUUUGUACUAAAAAUUGUGACUCAGUGGUAUUAAAAUAUUUCCUAUCAUGGG